GAACUAAACAAUCAAAUUACGGCAGAGAAGUAAAAUUGUGGGGGAAAAGGAAGGGUUUGAGAAUGGAGAGUGUUCGGACUUGGACAAGAUGGGAAGGGAAGAAACAUGAUCCUAUCAAUUUUGAAUUUUGACUCUCAAAUUCACAAUCGUUUAUCAUCUACGCAAUCGCUCUUGCUAAUGUCGAUCUCCUCAAUAUUUUGAUGUUACUGGCUGCAUGCUACUUUACUCUCUUCAGUUCAAUCAUCUCCACCGUUUACUUCCUGCACAAAUCUGAUUUCUGGGCAAUCACAAUAUUUCGAAAUUUUGGUGAUGACGGAAGCAGAUUGUGGAAAUGAUUGUGCCAAAUAUGUGAAGAUGGAAAAUAUUUCAGUGCCCCCUGGUUUUGCAUCCCUAACGUCUUUUAAAUUGAAAAGGAGUGGAAAAGUUAAGGAAACCAAUAAAUCUACAAGCUUUCCAAUUGCAUCUGAACAAGAGCCGAUCCACAUGGAUACUAAACCUGAGAUGAAUGACAUUGCUGCCUAUAAACAGGUUAUUAUGCACCGGCCAUGGAUAAUCUCAGACCAGAGAUACCACAAACCUGAGGAAUCUCACAUGGAGCGUCCUCCAAUGGAUCUCCCUUUAAAUGCUUGUCGUCCAAAAGGGACCAUACAGGGAUGUCCAAACUGCAGUGAGAGUCUAAAGGUAACAGCAAGGUGGCAUCCUGAGGAUGCAAAAAGAGAAAUUCUGGAAGAAGCUCCUAUUUUCCACCCAACAGAGGAGGAAUUCAAAGACACACUUAAAUAUAUUGCAAGCAUACGUUCCAAAGCAGAAUCUUAUGGAAUUUGUCGUAUUGUCCCACCUCCUUGCUGGAAGCCACCGUGUUUUCUUGAGGAAAAGGGCAUAUGGGAAAGCUCCAAAUUUGUUGCUCAGAUUCAGAGAAUUGAUGGACACCAAGUUCACUGUGCACAAGACAUAAUGGGAAGCUCCUGUGAAAGUACAAGAACCAAUAGAAGUAGAGACAUAAAAGUCACUUUGGACUCUCAGCUUGAUAAUAGAAACACUUCUCAGAAUGUUGAACGCUGUGACUGUGAGUCUGAACCUGGCCUUAAAUUCAGUCUCAAAACAUUUAAGAAAUAUGCCGAUGAAUUCAAGACCCAGUACUUCAAUUACAAGGAUAAGAAUAAGAUUAUGGGUUCUGAUAUAAAUUUAGCUGUAUGUCAACAGCAGUGGGAACCAUCUGUGGAAAAUAUUGAGGGUGAAUACAAACGAAUUGCUCAAAAUCCAACUGAAGAAAUUGAGGUGCUUUGCAGUAACACUUUGGAGGCUGGAGUUUUUAGCAGUGGAUUUCCUGCAGUUUCUGAUCCUUUGGAGGCAUACACUUACCCUGAAUAUUUGAAAUCUGGAUGGAAUUUAAAUAAUAUGCUUUCACUUCCAGGUUCCCUUCUUUCAUUUGAAAGCUCUCAAGCUUCACAUAACUUCUCCCCUCGGGUUCAUGUGGGAAUGUGCUUCUCUCCACUCAACUGGAAAGUUGAGGAGCACCACUUAUACUCAUUAUCUUACAUGCAUUUGGGUGAACCAAAAGUGUGGUAUAGCGUCCCAGCAAGGUUUUCUGUUAACUUUGAAACAAUUUGGAAGAAGUAUCUCCCAGAUCUGUGUGCAGGACAGCCUGAUAUGCACAAUAAACUGGUGAUGCAAUUAUCUAGCUCCAUAUUGAAGGCAGCGGAUAUACCCGUAUAUCGUUGUGUUCAAUGUCCUCGUGAAUUUGUUCUCGUCUUCCCCGGAGCAUAUCAUUCUGGAUUUGAUUGUGGUUUCAACUGUUCUGAAGCAGUAAGUUUUGCUCCUCUUGAGUGGCUGCUUCAUGGACAGAAUGUUGUAGAGCUAUAUUGUGAACAAAAGAGAAAGACAAUUAUUUCAUACGAUAAGCUUUUACUACAAGCAGCAAGGGAAGCUGUGAGGGCCAAGUGGGAAGCUGAUCUGUGUAUGAAGAGCACAUCUGAAAAUUUAACAUCUAAAGAUGUCUAUCAAAGAAAUGGGAUCUUAACAAAAGCUUUGAAAUCUCGCGUCCAAAGUGAAACUUUGAAGAGGAAAUUUCUUUGCACUUCUUUAGUAUCACAAAGAAUGGAUGAAAAUUUUGAUGCCACUUGUAAAAGGGAAUGUAGUAUUUGCCUUCGUGAUUUGCACUUAUCUGCUGUGGGUUGUUCAUGUUCAGAAGACAAGUUCGCAUGUCUUGAUCAUGUAAAACAGCUUUGUUCUUGCACUUGGAGCAACAAAACUCUCCUCUACCGUAAUGAAAUCAGUGAUUUGGAAAUUCUUUGUCGUGCUGUGGAUGGAAAACUAAGCGCAGUCUAUAGAUGGGCCAAAGAGAAUCUUGGAUUAACUCUGAGCUCUGUUGCCUCCAAGAGAUUAAAACAAAGCCCAGAAAUUUUAAAUGAUUCAACUCACCCUUCUUGUAAACGACAUAAAUUGCGGGAAACCCCGAAUUCAUCAAAAAAGAAACAAAAUGAAGUGGUUUCCCAAGUUGUAGGAACUUCCGGUGGCACUGAUGGUACUUCUUAUGGCAUUCAUUCAAAAAAGAAGACAGCUUCACUUCAGAAAAUCAUUUCAAAUGACAAGAAAGGAAUCAAUUCCCUUGGCACCAAAAGUGAUAAGAAGGCUCCUGAGGGUAAGUUUUCGAUUUCAAAGAAAGUAGGAGACCCAAAAGAAUUUGAGGUUUCUCCAUUUACAAACUCACGUUACUUGUCUUUUUUACAAGAAAACAAGUUAUUUGAUGUUUCAUAUGAUAGUUCGAGCAUGUCUUCAUCUUCAGAAUCUGACAAUGAUAAAUAGCUGACGGCUAAACUUUUGUCAUAGAAAGGAAAUAUUUGAGUCCUUUUUAGGUUUACCUGUGUAGGAUAAUCCUUUUGCCAUACAAAGAUCGGCACUAGAAAUUUGGAUGAUACUUCCAUGAAGAAUUCCAGGUUUCAACGAAUCAUAACUUUCUCCCUCAUUAUUUAUAUGAAAUACAAAACCCAAAGCCCGAAAUGUCAGCUCAGAUUCCUAAAGAAUUUCAAAUAUGCUGGAAUUAUACUCGGCAGUUUUAUAAUUCAGAUUAAUUUAAUUAUAUGUAUUUUAAAUUUAACUGCAUAUAUAAAUAGUGGUGCAUAUUCUUCUAU